UGUGCGGCGCCUGCCUUUGUUUGUCGUGCGGAGGCUGACGGGUGUAGCAGCGUGGCGGAUAGUGGUGCAGUUCGGUGGUACGCGGGGUCGCUCGAAGUGCCGUCCGCCGGCGGUGGCGGCCCCGGCAGAGCGACGUCGGAAACGAGACGUGGCUCUCGAGGAACGGACGGCAGCCACUCGCACCUCCCGCACCACACCCCUCAGCCGUCGACCCUCGUUGCCGGCCAGCUGUUGGAUCCGAGUCAGCACGUAUCAGCCGCGCUGCUGGCGGACGAGUGGCACCAGUGGCUACGCGUGGCCUGUCGAGGGAGCGGUGUCGAACAUCCGCCGACUGGGCCGCCUACGGUCCAACCUCCCACAAGUAGUUCUGGGCCGUCCGGGAACUCGUCAACCUCAAGCUCCCGACCCACCGGGGCUCCCAGCGUGGCCGGGCAAGCACCACGGAUUUCAUUACCUCGGCCACCAGGAUUACCGGUUCCACCAUGGAGUGGGCUAGCGCUAGCAGCAGCUACCCAAGCACCACCGUCUGCAGCCCAGGCAGCCGCCGGUCAGGGUUCAUCGGCUCAGCAACAACAUCAGCAGCAACAACAGGCAGCUCAACAGCAGCAACAAGCCGCACAACAACAACAGGCUGCGCAACAGGCUCAACAGGCGGCGCAACAUAAUAGCAAUAACAACAACAACAAUAACAACAAUAAUAAUUCGACGGGAGGACCCAGAGCUCCUCCUGCACCUUCUAUACCGGCCCCAUCACCAUCGCCGGCCCUGCGUUUCCCGUGCCACUUGUGCACGCAGUCAUUUCCAUCCGACCGCGCGCUUAACCGUCAUUUUCGAAUACAUGGCAGCGACGUACUCCGCUGUGAGACAUGUGGCCAGGCCUUCCUGACGAGCGGGCAGCUGAACGUGCAUAUGCGUACGCAUACCGGGGAGCGACCGUUCGCGUGCUCGUUUUGUGAUGCUCGUUUUAUUAAUUCGUCGCAUUUGAAAGUGCACGAACGCACGCAUACGGGCGAAAGGCCGUACGAGUGCACGGUGUGCCCAAUGCGUUUCGUCAGUUCGUCACAUCUACGGAGCCACCAGCGAUGUCACACGAAGGAACGACCAUAUGCGUGCCCGCUCUGCGAUGCGCGCUUCAUCAAUUCGUCCCACCUGAAAGUUCACCAGCGUACGCACACGGGCGAGAGGCCGUAUGCGUGCGCACGCUGCGGGCAGAGCUUUGUGAGCACGUCUCAUCUGCGCUCACAUGAACGAACUCAUUCAGGUGAUCGGCCGUUCCGCUGCGAGACCUGUCACGCAUCGUUCCUCUCCUCCAGCCACCUGCGGGACCACAACAAAGUGCACACUGGCCAGGGCCAGCACGAGUGCUCCACCUGUCAGGCCAAGUUCUUGACCAAGUCGAGCCUGCGCAACCACGAAAAGGUGCACCGGCGCACUGAGGCAGGUGGGGCAGCGGCGCUGGGCCUCGAUGUGGACACUUCGUCGAGCCACGGAUCGGCGCACGACGCGAUGCAUGACCCCGUGCACGAGGCGGUGCAAGACGCAGCCCGGCUCGCGUUCGCGCGGGUGGUCGUCGAGGAGGUGCACGCCGCCGGCAGAGAGCAGCAGCAGCAACAACAACAGCAACAGGCACGCUUGGCGUCCGCAGCGCUUAAAAAGGAGCCCAGUCGCCUGCUCGGACCAUGAAGGACCAAGGACCACCAAAACAAUAAAUAAACAGACACACGACCUUACGAGGGGAGAAUGUGGAAAAUGAAAAUAAAGCAUCUCAUAUUGCUAUAUCCCCUUCGUCUUUCUCCCCCGAAGUUUACUGAAGGAGAGAAACAAAGAGACUGAUAAAGGUUAUCAGCAUAAAAGAAACUAAUGUAUUACACACCGAAGCAAACGAUGCAAAGAAAUUCAGCACUUCUUCGAAAUAUUCAUUUGCGACGAAUGCGUUCAGAGAGGAAACACUCUUUGAAUGGACGCGCGCGCAUAGGAAAGCAGGGGAGAAUGUGCUGGCAAUAAUUCGAUACAAAAGAAGCUUGACGAAGCAUUUUUUGGAUCAGGGCAACUUAAAUUAACAAAAAAAAACGACAAAAACAACCUCAGCGUGGAGAACUAAAGAAGGAAUGAAUAUCUGCAGGCUAUCGCUGACUAAGUCAAUACCAAUCUUCAAACGUAACUUAAAGAUGGUAUUGACAGUGCGCCAAGUUCUCUAGACCACGAAGCUCUUGGUAGUUUCUGGACUGAAUCGUCAGCAAAUACGAUAGCGUCC